AUGGGGUCGUUCAAGGGGCACGUGCUUCCGGGGACGCUGUUCCUGGUGGUGGGCGCGUGGCACGUCUGGGCGGCCAUGGCGCGCUUCGCCGCCGACCCGCUCGGCUUCCGCCUCCGCGUCUGGAACCCCGUGGGCGGCGACGGGGCGCUGCGCCACCUCGAGCUCUACGUCAUCGCCGGGGGCGCCUUCCUCGACAUGUGCAUCGAGGUGCUCUACUCCACGCACCUACACUUCCUCGCGCCAGAAGGCGGGGUCAACCCGGCGCACCUCAACGACCUCGAGCACGGCGGCAUGCUGCUCAUGUUCUUCCUCUUCGGAGCACUCGCGCUACUCUCACAGAAAACAAGGUACCUACCCCUGACGGAGGGUGCGCUAUGCCUAGUCGGGGCGACGGCGUUCAGCGCAGAGUUCCUGCUCUUCUACUUCCACUCAACCACCCACCAGGGGCUGGAGGGCUACUACCACUACCUCCUGGUUGUGCUCAUUGGGCUCUGCAUCGCCUCCAGCGUCCUCGGUGCUCUCCUCCCAGACAGCUUCCCUGCCGACCUCGCCAGUGGCUUGCUUAUCACCCUGCAGGGCCUCUGGUUCUACCAGACGGCGUUCACGCUCUACGGGUCGAUGCUCCCCGAGGGGUGCCACCGUGACGCAGACGGGCACGUCGAGUGCCAUGGGCAUGCUGCUGGGGAGCGCGGAGAGCAGCUCGCCAACUUCCAGCUCUUCGCCUAUGUCUUCCUCGUGUUCGUCUACGCCCUAGGCUGCUAUGCCGUCGCUGCCGCAAGGUACGGCCACCCGGACCUGAGGACGAUGCAUGCCACAGCGAUGGAGCGGCGAGAAAAUGGCGCCGACAGGGGAGGGUUCGUCGGCAGCUCGGCACUGUCGCGGGAGCAGGCGGUGAUCUAGUGGCGUGACAUCUUCUUCGCCACUGUGGUCUUGGUUGUCUUGGUUUUGGUACAGGAGUACAUGUCACAUGCAUAUAUGGUUGGGUAAAUCAGAGCUCACAUCAAUUGGGUACAAGGAGAUCGAGUAGGGAAGGACUGUACAUUGGGGUUAAUUACAGAGUCACAGAUCAAAAUUUCUUAGUUUACUGUGAAGAUAACAACAUUUUUUUUUUUUUGCAAGAGAGGAUUAACAUAAGAGUUACUCGCAUAUGUUUUUUUCAGUUUUUUUUAUUUGAGAUAAAGUGUACUAAAUUCUGUCUGUACGUCAGGUGUGGAAUCACCUGAUCAGUGUAUGUCCGUUUUGGAGUACAUUGUACAAGCACUGUAUCAUCUGUUCAUGUAAAUCGAGUUGAGCUGAAUC